ACGUAGUGCCUGUAGGUCGACGCCGCUUAACUGAAGUUGUUUGGGCUAUCUACGAGAAGAGAUCUGUAGCUAGCGGCGCAGAGAGGGUUUCAGUUGAUGUUGCUGCUCCUGGGCCGCAGGGUUCCGCUGUCAUUCGUUCAGAGACUUAUUUCCUGCCCUCCACCCUCACUGUCGAGGCCCGUUUUGGUCAGCUCUGUACUGAUAAAUCUCAGAGCGAUAACUAGAGGCACACACAGCACCAUUUUCGUUAGCGCAGCCGGCCAAAAUAGAGGAACCAUGCCCGAAAGGAGGCCCUUCGUACGGUUGCCAACUGACGUUUACCCAGUCAACUAUGGCUUGUGUCUGAAGCCCGACCUGAUCGACUUCACUUUCGAAGGAAAGCUAGAGGCGCUGGUGGAGGUAACACAAGCCACAAAUCAGAUUGUGAUGAACUGUGCUGACAUCGACAUCAUCACGGCGUCCUUUGCACCACAGGGAGGAGAAGAAAUUAAUGCCACAGGAUUCAACUAUCAAAAUGAAGAUGAGAAAGUCACCCUGUCAUUUCCAAGCACUCUACAGAAAGGCUCCGGCACGUUGAAGAUCGACUUUGUCGGGGAGCUGAACGACAAAAUGAAAGGAUUCUAUAGAAGUAAAUAUACAACCUCUGCUGGAGAGAUCCGCUAUGCUGCUGUCACACAGUUUGAGGCCACGGAUGCUCGCAGAGCGUUCCCCUGCUGGGACGAGCCAGCUAUCAAAGCCACCUUUGACAUCGCUCUGAUUGUUCCCAAGGACCGAGUCGCCUUGUCAAAUAUGAAUGUCAUCGAUCGAAAGCCAUAUCCAGAUGAUGAAAGCCUGGUGGAAGUGAAGUUUGCCACCACACCCAUCAUGUCCACAUACCUUGUAGCUUUUGUCAUUGGUGAAUACGACUACGUGGAGAGCCAGUCAUCAGACGGCGUCACGGUACGCGUCUACACGCCCGUCGGGAAGGCAGAACAAGGGAAAUUCGCACUGGAGGUUGCUACCAAGACCUUACCUUUCUACAAAGACUACUUCAGUGUUCCUUAUCCUUUGCCUAAAAUUGAUCUCAUAGCGAUUGCUGAUUUUGCUGCUGGUGCCAUGGAGAACUGGGGCCUUGUCACCUACAGGGAGACGGCACUGCUCAUCGACCCCAAGAACUCCUGCUCGUCAUCCAGGCAGUGGGUGGCGCUGGUGGUCGGACACGAACUCGCCCACCAGUGGUUUGGAAACUUGGUCACCAUGGAAUGGUGGACCCAUCUGUGGCUUAAUGAAGGAUUUGCCUCCUGGAUUGAGUAUCUGUGUGUGGACCACUGCUUCCCAGAGUACGACAUCUGGACACAGUUCGUCUCAGCGGACUACACCCGCGCUCUGGACCUGGACGCGCUGGACAGCAGCCAUCCCAUAGAGGUGAACGUGGGCCAUCCGUCAGAGGUCGAUGAAAUCUUUGACGCCAUCUCCUACAGCAAAGGAGCAUCUGUGAUCCGCAUGUUGCACAACUACAUUGGAGACGAGGACUUCAGGAAAGGAAUGAACGCAUAUCUGUUGAAGUUUCAACAUAAAAAUGCUUCGACAGAGGAUCUGUGGGACUGUCUGGAACAGGCCAGUGGAAAACCCAUCGCUGCAGUGAUGAGCUCGUGGACCAAGCAGAUGGGCUUCCCGAUCAUAGCAGUGGACCAGGAGCAGCAAGGUGACGACCGCAUCCUCAAGAUAUCUCAGAGAAAGUUCUGUGCCAGUGGACCACAUAACGGUGAGGACUGCCCCAGCUGGAUGGUCCCCAUCAGUAUUUGUACCAGCGAGGACCCCAAAUGCACCAAGCUCAAGGUUCUGCUGGACAGACCCGAGACGACCAUCACUCUGAGCGACGUCAGCACGGACCAGUGGGUCAAGAUCAACCCCGGCACUGUGGGCUUCUAUCGCAUCCAGUACAGCUCGUCCAUGCUGGAGAGUCUGCUGCCGGGCAUCCGAGACCUCAGCCUGCAGCCUGUGGACCGACUCGGCCUGCAGAACGACCUCUUCUCUCUGUCUCGUGCAGGGAUGAUCAGCACGGUGGAGGUGCUGAAGCUGAUGGAGGCGUUCGUCAACGAGCCCAACUACACAGUGUGGAGCGACCUCAGCUGCAACCUGGGAGUGUUGUCCUCCCUGCUGUCGCACACCGACUUCCACGAGGAGAUCCAGGAGUUCAUCCGGGACCUGUUCACCCCCGUCGGCCUGGAGCUCGGCUGGGACAGCAAGCCAGGGGAAGGUCACCUGGACGCCCUGUUGAGAGGCCUGGUCCUGGGGAAGCUGGGCAAGGCGGGGCACAAACCCACACUGGAGGAGGCCCGACGGAGAUUCAGGGACCACGUGGAGGGCAAACAGAUCCUGCCUGCGGACCUGAGGAGCCCGGUGUAUCUGACCGUGCUGAAGCAUGGAGACAGCACCUCGCUGGACACCAUGCUGAAGCUCCACAAACAGGCAGACAUGCAGGAGGAGAAGAACCGCAUCGAGCGAGUGCUGGGCGCCAUCUCUGCCCCCGACCUCAUCCAGAAAGUCCUCAGCUUCGCCCUCUCGGAGGAGGUCCGUCCCCAGGACACGGUGUCAGUAAUCGGGGGCGUGGCAGGAAGCAGUAAACAAGGCCGGAAAGCUGCCUGGAAGUUUGUCAAGGACAACUGGGAGGAGCUUUACAACCGCUACCAGGGCGGCUUCCUCAUAUCACGGCUAGUCAAGCUCACAGUUGAUGGAUUUGCAGUCGACAAAAUGGCUGCUGAAGUGAAGAGUUUCUUCGAGAGUCACCCGGCGCCGGCGGCCGAGCGUACUGUGCAGCAGUGCUGUGAGAACAUCCUCCUGAACGCCGCCUGGCUGAAGCGCGACGCAGACGACAUCCACCAGUAUCUACUGCAGCGCAAGGCGCCCCCCGUCUGAGCCGCCGCCCACGCCGCCUCCUCCCCCCUCCCCCCUCCCCUCCUCCCAGCGCGGACCUCCCGGCAUCAUAGCUGCCUCAGCCCCGCCCCGCCCCCCCGCCAUCGACACCCUCAGUACAGACCAGAGCGAAACUGCAGCAGGCUUCAUUUCUCUGAAGAAACUGUUUGAAACCACAAGCAAAGCCAAGAAUUUAACAAAGUGAUGGAAGCUCGGAGAGACUCUUUCUACGUUAACAAGCAGAUCCAUUUUAGCAAGACCAAGAAUGUAGUCUUACCCCCAUUCUGCCCGGCAGAUCUGCGUUAUGAGACCGGUGCUCACCUGCCUCGUGUGCACACCCUCAUCCACCUCUGCGUCGUAGCUGAGAAAACUGUGAAUCCCCCUCCCUCCCCCCUCCCUCCCCCCUCCUCCCCCUUUUUGUUUUUCCUGCCGUCGCUCAUUUUGAAUGCUUGAUUUUUCUGCAUCAGCUGCUGCGUUUUCUCAACAAAUGAAUCCUCCCCUUCCUUCCUCCCGCUUUGCACUCACACCUCCUCCUUCCUCCUUCUGUUUCGGGCGUCGUGAUUGGGCGAAAGCAGAAGGCACCUGGGCAGAAUGGGGUUAAGAGCAGUAGUGUGUGUUGUAGUUUCCAACAGCACUGAUUCUCCAUCUGCUAAUGAACAGUUAGGACGCGGCGAGCAGCGCUAGCAUGGUACUACAUUGUAAACUGUAUAAUGCAGGCAUUUUUGUUUUUCUUUAGCGGACGAUGUUCCUUUUUAAAAGAAUUAAAUGGAAAAGUUCACGGUUAACCCCCACCCUCGACCACCACCCACCCCCACCCAAAGAUAACCCCUGCAGCUCUGUCCAGUCAGAGUUUGUCAUCAACAAGCAUAUUCAGACUUUACCUGCCGCCCUCGAUGAAAUGAAGUUAUUGGCGUGUUUUAUAAGACAUCACGUGCGGUGAUUUAUUUAAAUGUCGAGAUGAUCUUGUUUUCCGAGGAGAGAGGGGGACAAAAGAGAUCACAACACUACUUUUCGGGGCCUUUUCACUCUGAAGUAACAUCAGGAAACGCCUCUCGAUGGUCCGAUCGACUUGACUGUCAAACUCGGGAGCCUUAAAUUGGUCGACUUGUUUGCAGUAAAACGUUGCACACUGAAGCGGCGACGGUAGACGGCUUCCACGUAACGUCAGACGUGUCUAAUGUGACAGAUUAUGCAGACCCGUUGAACGAGUGUAUCAGUAUAACAUUUACUAUUUAAUGUGGUUUUGAGAACACACCGAUCGAGUCCUCCAGCCUGUUGUCGAGACCCCCACCCCCACCCACCCCGGAACAUUUGUUGUUGUUGUUUUUUUUUUCUUUUUGUUUGUUUGUUUGUUUGUUUUGUUUAAAACUAAAGUUGGUGUUCAUUAAAGUGAAAAAGGAUUCUGAAAACAAAUGUGAAAUUAGUACACGUUGAUUUUAAUGCGUGAGGAGUGAGUGUGAAUGCCUGGAGAGACGCCUUCCUAAUUUAUUUUGUAAUAUCUCACGUCAUAUUGGAUUACAAAUGGUUAAAGCAGCACUGCUGAAUUGUGUGUGUGUGUGUGUGUGUGACGGCUGAAUUACACCCAAUGAGAAUAAAAAGUGGUUACAGAUGGACACAGAUGAGUGCAGAGAGGAAAUUCAAAUGUCUUCACGUUUUGCUUUGAUGAUGAAGUGUCUGUAGAAAACGUUGAGGCAGCGUUCUGGCUUUGCUGUGCAGAUGUUCAAUGUUUUCUUGUCUCUUUUGUUUCUGUUUUGUUUUUUUCUAAUGAAUCUGAAUUUAGUUGAACAUGUGGGAUGUUUUUUUUGUGGUUCUGACUUUAAGAAGAGGAAAAUCUGUCAGGCAGGACAGCUUCAGUGAUGCCAAGGCGUACGUAAAUAUGCAGUCCAAUAAAGCAACACUUGAUGAGA